AUGACUGUUACUUACUUUAUCACUGGUGCCAAUCGUGGGAUUGGAUUUGAAUUUGCUAAACAACUUUCUGCUGAUUCCAAUAACGUUGUUAUUGCUACCACCCGUUCUUUUGCUAAUGCUGCCGCUUUGAAAGAUUUAAAUCGCUCCAAUCUUAUCAUUAUCGAAUACGACUUGAACGCCUCGUUGGAAACUUUGCAAAAAUCUUUGCUCCCAAUUAAAGAUUACUCGGUCGAUGUCGUUAUUCAGAACUCGGGGAUCGCUAAAGACUCUCAGAAAUCAAUUCUCCAAACAUCCGAAGAUGAACUCCGUGAACAUUAUGCGGUUAACGCAAUCGGCUCGGUGAAAGUGUAUCAAUCCAUCUUCCCCUACUGGUCUAAAAAAGCCAACCCGGAAACCGCCAAAAAAUUCAUUUUUAUCAGUUCUGCCGUGGGCUGGACUAAUAAUUUCUUCCCCAUGCAAACCUCCCAUUAUGGUGCUUCUAAAGCUGCUUUGAACUUUCUUUCGAGACACAUUGCUUUUGACCAUAAGUCUUCUGAAUUGGACCACAUCAAAAACUCGAUCGUGGUUCCAGUACACCCUGGGGUUGUCGAAACCGAUAUGGCUAAACCAUUUCUUGUUCAUCGAGAAAAACUUUCGGUCCCAGUGAUUACCCCACAAGAUUCUGCUGCUAGCUUGAUUAGCCUUAUUCAAAAUCUUAAACAAGAAGAUGACGAUACUUUCAUCACCUAUGAUGGUAACAAGGUCACCUGGUAA